AUGUCAAACGUGAAUCUUGGCACGGUCAUCGACGGAAUGCCGCUGGAGCGGCUGACGCAGGACCUCGUGGUCGAGAUCGCGCGGGAGUUUCCGACGCUGAGUAACCUGAAUCUCUCCAAGAAUGCCAUCCGCGAAAUGGACUGCGAUUUUUCCAUGCUCCGCUUUGUCACCCGCCUCAACUUGAGCCACAACCAACUCGACGACCUCCCAUCGACCUUGCACGACCAUCUGCCGCAGCUCACCCAGCUCCUUCUUGCACACAACAACUUCACGUCCCUUCGUUCCUUCAAGUUGCUUAAAACCCUCACCCUUCUUGACCUGUCAAACAACUGCGUUCAACACGUCGACCAACUCGACUACUUGAAGGCGCUCCCUUUGCUCACCGAUCUAUGCCUACGCGGCAACCCGAAACUGGACCAGCUCGACAAUCGACGACUUCAAAUUCUGCAGCGAUUGCCACAGCUCCAAACCCUCGACCAGGAGCCAGUAUUGCCCCACGAGCGCGAAAAGGCAAGGCGCCUUGGAUUGGCGAUGACAUCGGUCCGCCCAUCACUACCUCGUACACCAACCAUCCCGACGUUGAGAGCGCCGCUCGCAAUUCAGUUGACCAGCCAGUCCUCACCUCAACCUCCCUUCCCGACAGCUUCGACUCACAUACCCGAACUGCAGCAGGUCCAUCAGAUGGACCAAUCAAUAAAACCGCCGCUGGAAUUCCCGACGCUCUCCAACGCAUCAAAACAAGUCGAGCUCAUGCAACAUCGCAUUGACGCUUUGCAAGAGAUUAUUACUUUACAAGAAGCCGAGCUCGCCAACGCGGUAGCGUUGUCGCUGGGCCAGCGCCAAGCUGGGCCAUCGAUGUCGUCGCCAUCAGGGACCAUGCCUGCUGUGGCAUACCAAAAACUGCUGUCAAAGUGGCGAUCGAAAGUGUUUGAGCUAGUUGUGGCCGUGAAAAACCGAGAGUUGGCCGCUCAAGCUCAAAUACACCAAGCUGGUCGAUCUGUCAAGGCCAUGGAGGGUCAAGUGAGCGACCAGAUCAAGCACGGGCAAAAGCUCACGCAGCGCCUCGCAGACGCAGACGCGGCAGCUCAAUUGCUCCAAUUGCAACUGGAGCAACUGCAUGCCGAUCGUACAGCGCUGCAGGCCAAAUGCCAACGGCACGUGCAUUGCCUCGAAGGGGAACGACAUCUCUUCCGCCAGAUGGCGCAUUCUGUUGUUGCUGCCGUUCAGGACGAAGGCAUGGGGCACCGACUGCAACAAAUGUAUUCCACCGUGACUCGCCACGAGCAACGGCUCCGACGGCAAGUGCAGCAUGCCGAGAUGCUCGUCGUGUCGUUAGCUCGAAAGGAAGCUCGUCUUCGAAACCAAGAAGCAGCGUUGGAAGGAGAGCGCCGGGUAUGGAUCAAGCGGCUCCAAGGAGCGUCCACAGUCACGUUGAACCCGAGCCAAAAUCCGCUUGCACCACACCACGACAGGUCUCGGCCGUCCAGUCCAUCCAAGUCGACGAAAACGAAACUAUUCAAGCUCAAGCCCGAGUCCGAGGAAGUCCUCCGCGCUGUCUUUCACCGGCUCGACCCAUACCAAACGGGACUCGUCGACAGCGCCCGGUUCCUCGCCGCCCUGCAAAAAGACUGGACCGUGCGCCAAGCGAUUGGCGCGGCAGGCGUGGAAAGGUUACUGGCGGCGAUUGAAGCGAGCAAGCUGUUUGGAAACACAAAGCACGUCACGUGGGGUGAAUUCGUGCUGCUGUUUUUGCCCGACUUGUCCGGGCCAAGGGAUGCCGGAGGAGGGGAGGAGGAUGCAUCGGUGGCUGAAGGACCCGACGGAGUGCCUCUGCCGUUCCAAGACAAACCAUUGCCCAAGGCCGUCGUCGCGACCCCUCGUCAUCUUGACGAAUGGACCCACGACGAGCUCAAGUGCCACGUCGUGCAUUUGGAGCAGCAGCGAGCGGUCUUGAUGGCGCGCAUCAAGGAAGACGCGAACGAGCUGCAGCAUCGCGUGCGCGGCGUGCAGCAGCAGUGGCAAGGCAAGUGCGAUGCCCACGUACAAAACCUCGCGACACUUCAGGACGCCAUGCGAGAGUUGGAGCGCACGCUGGCGCUUCAACAGACCGCCUACGCACAGCUGGAAGCGCAACUCGUGGACCUCCGAGCGCAAAAUGCGGCGGCUGAAGGCACGUGGCGAGCUCAACGUCGCGAACUGGAACUGCAACUCGACGGUAUGGCCCGGGACCACGACAAGGCGAUGUUGGAGCUGAACGAAUCGCACUCGAUGGCACUACAGGAGGCGGCCCAACAAGUGCGGCAUGCGCAAAAGGACGUAGCCAAGCAAGACGUGUACGUGAGACAGCUGGAACGCCAUGUCAAGCGCCUCCAGGACACAGCUGCAGCAGAAGACAAGCAAGCGCAGCACGCGUGGACGCGUCAGGUGGAAAAAAGGGAUGUCGAAAUCGCAAAAUUACGGCGCGAACGGAAUGCGCUGCUCACGACCGUUCGAGAACAGGAAAAAAGACCGGCGCCCGACGUGGUGGACCAAGCAACGGCCACGGACGGCUUGUCGCCGCCCACCGUCUCAACUGGAGUGCAAACUCAAACCGAGUCGCACCUCCGACACGUCGUGGCGAGUUUGGCUGAACCGCAGAGGAAGCUUCCCGACCAGCCGGGCGUGGGGAUGCCAGCUCCGACGAUUAUUCCAACCGUGCCGCCCUCGCUCAGCCAUCGCAUGUCAGCUCUAUCGUCUCAAGCGAAGCAAUGGCUCACUGACGACGACGACUGGGGUAGUGACGAGGGGUAAAGCCAUCGAAAGUUGGCAAACAUUGUCACGUUUCGCACGCUUUUGUGACCAUC